AAUAUAGAAAAUAAUUUUUCACAAUUCGACAUUAUUGAAUCUUCACAACCUGCUUUUAAUGAAGAUACCAUAAACUUUCUCAAAUUAAAUCAUGGUCUGAUCAUUAAUUCACAGACAAUGAACGCUGCGACAAAUCAAGCAUUUGACAUUAAAAUAAAUUCAAAUAAUAAUAAUAACAUUGGAAGUUGCAAUGUGAAAAUAAUAUUAUCCAAGAGCAGACAAGAAACAUUUUUAUUAGAAAAUAAUAUAGAAUCUAGUUCUUUCCGGUUAUUACCGCCCAAACUGGUUGAUAUCAUGACAAAAUCAACAAAUUUUUUAAGCAAUAAUUCGCCUGCCAAUGAUAUUCGUCUAGAAAUUAAAUGUCAAAAGAUUAUAUUGAAUUUUGAAAAAGAAAAUAUACAGCCAACCGAAAAGAUAAGAGCUGCAGUAAAUAAUGCAUUAAAAGAUCAGAGACCAUAUCAAGAAUUAAUCAAAGUAUUUAAUAUAUAUGGAUAUAUCUUAUCUCAAAAGGUCAUUCUUGGAGAAAAAUUAUACGAAAUGUCGUACAACUCAUCACAUGAGAUAUUCAAUAAUGAUAACGAUAAACAAAUUGAUGUUAAAGAGUCUUUUAAAAUAGAUUUAUCAAAAUUAGAUUUUACUUUGUGGAAAAAUAAUUAUGGAUUUGAUGCAACAUAUUUAAUGUCAUUAUAUGGGGAAGCUGUCAAAAAACAUGAUGUCAAAAAAUGGAUAGAAAUGUAUUAUAAACAAAAAGAUUUUAAAACAUUGCAAAUUAUUGAUCAAGAUGAAUUAUUUCCCUUAUAUAAAAUCUUUGAAACAAAGACUUGUUGUGAAAUUGAAUCAAUAUUAGGAAUAAAAAAGGAAAACAAAAUACUUAUGACAGGAAUUAUUCAGAUUAUUGAAAGUACCAAAUAUUAUCCUGUAAGCUUCCCUGUUCGUUUAAAAAGUAGUAAUUAUCAAGUUUUUGCAAAUAUUGUUAGAACCAAUGAUCAGAAAAAUAAUGCUAUAGAUAUAGCUUUUGUAAAAAUCCAUUCUGCAACUAGAACCAGUUUUUUAGCAAUAAUUGAAAAUUUUGAUCAAAUCAA